AUGCAUCCGCCGCGCUUACACUUCCUCCUCCUUCUCACCCUCCUCGUCUCCGCCGCCUUCCUCCACGUCACCUCCGCCGCCGAUGACAAUGACAAUGACGCAGAUGAUGUAAACAAUCUUGUUUUCGAGAAUCCAAGUCUCCGGAGAGCAUACAUUGCUCUUCAAGCAUGGAAAACCGCCAUCUUUUCCGACCCGUCCAACUUCACCGCCAACUGGACUGGCCCAGCCGUUUGUUCCUACGGCGGCGUGUUCUGUGCUCCUUCCUUGUUAAACAGCUCGAAUAGAGUGGUUGCCGGAAUUGACCUCAACCAUGCUGAUAUCGCUGGUUACCUCCCACCGGAGCUCGGCCUUCUAACAGACCUCGCUGUCUUCCACAUUAACUCCAAUCGGUUCUGCGGUACUGUUCCAAAAACUUUCAAGAAGCUUAAGCUCCUUUUCGAGCUUGAUUUAAGCAACAACCGUUUCGUCGGGGCUUUUCCCACGGUGGUUUUAUCGUUGCCGGUGUUGAAAUUCUUGGACCUCCGGUUCAAUGAAUUUGAAGGAUCUGUUCCAUUUAAGCUUUUCGAUAAGGAUCUUGAUGCAGUUUUCUUGAACGAUAACCGGUUUAAGUUCGGUAUUCCUCCGAAUUUGGGUAAUUCGCCGGUGUCAGUGCUUGUUUUGGCCAACAAUGAUCUCGGUGGGUGUCUUCCGGCGAGUAUUGGACAAAUGGGGUCGACGUUGAAUGAGAUUAUUCUCAUGAACGACAAUUUGACGAGCUGUUUGCCGGUGCAAAUUGGAGCUUUGAAAAAGGUGACGGUUUUCGACGUGAGCUUCAACAGUCUUCAAGGGCCGCUGCCGGCGGCGAUAGCCGGAAUGAGGAGUGUCGAGCAGCUGAAUGUGGCACAUAACAAGUUGACAGGGGUGGUGCCGGACAGUAUUUGUAAGUUACCCAGGUUGCAAAACUUUACUUUCUCUAACAAUUACUUUACUGGAGAAGCGCCGUCAUGUGUUGCCACCGGAGGUGGCGGUGGCAAGGUGUUUGAUGAUGGUAAGAAUUGUAUUGUUGGGAAAGCGAAUCAACGUUCCGGAAGGGAGUGUUCUUCUGGUGAUGCACGUCCUGUUGAUUGUAGUAAGUUGCAGUGUGGUGUUUCUCCAUCGCCGGUUCCAGUUCCAUCUCCACCGCGCUCUAAGUCGGAAUCUCAGUCUAGGAGAAGAACUCCGCCUGCUCCACCAGCUCCAAAACUGUCUCAGCCACCAAGGCAAAAAGUCAAGGCUGCUCCACCGCCUCCUGUUUUUGAGACUUCACCAAAUAUGAGGUCACGUCCUCCACCGCCGCCUACGGAUAGAAGCUCUUCAAAACCCAACCUUCGACCACCACCUCCGACUUGGCAAGUCUCACCAAACAAUCGACAUGCACCACCACCUCCAACUUUUGAAUCUUCACCUGUAACACGUGUUGCCCCACCACAAUCACCGCCACCACCACCUCCUCAUUCACCUCCACCACCACCACCACCGCAAUCGCCACCACCUCCACCACCACAAUCGCCACCACCUCCUCCCCAUUCACCACCACCUCCACCCCCACAAUCACCACCACCUCCACCACCAUCACCACCACCUCCGUCUCCGUCACCACCUCCACCAUCACCACCACCUCCGACUCCGUCACCACCUCCACCAUCACCACCACCUCCAUCUCCGUCACCGCCUCCACCGCCAUCACCAUCACCACCUCCUCCUUGUUCACCACCACCUCCACCACACUACUCAUCACCACCACCACCACCACCUCAUUACUCAUCACCACCACCACCUCCACAAUACUCACCCCCACCUCCACCACACUACUCAUCUCCACCACCUCCACCUCCUCAUUCACCGCCACCACCUCCACCUUAUUACUCAUCACCACCACCACCUCCACAGUACUCAUCCCCACCUCCACCUCCCUAUUCACCACCACCACCUCCACCUCAUUAUUCAUCACCACCACCACCACCACAUUACUCAUCCCCACCACCACCAUCCUCAUCAGACUGCACUCCCCCACCGCCACCUCCUCCCCAACCAUGUGAAACCCCCUCUUCAUCCCCACCACCACCUCCACCACAAGAAUGGCACCACCAACCACCACAAACUCGAUCACCACCAUCACCUACAUACCAUCAUUCAUAUACACCACCACAACAAUGGCAUCAGCCACCACCCCAACAAUCAGCAUCUCCUCCACCACCAACACUCCCACCACCACCACCUUUCGAUAACCUGCCUCUUCCACCAGUGUUCGGAGUUUCCUACGCCUCUCCACCACCACCUCCCGGCGGCGACUGCACAUCCUUCUGCCUAGGGCUCCGGAAACGCCUAUUACAUUGUGAGUUGAAAGAAUGGCCUUCAGAGUGGUUGCUAGGAGAUUAUUGAGGAGCAAGCUGUUACCCAUGUUCACUCCUGCUUCUACAUUGCAUUCUCAUGCCACUAGCUUUGGAUUUAAAGAAGUAAACGAAGAAGAAAAAAGCCAACUGGUUGGGAAUGUCUUCACCAAGGUUGCAUCAAAUUAUGACAUCAUGAAUGAUUUGAUGAGUGGUGGAUUGCAUAGGCUGUGGAAAGAUAGACUGGUUUCAAAAUUGAGUCCAUUUCCUGGGAUGAAGCAUCUUGAUGUAGCUGGUGGGACAGGUGAUGUUGCUUUUAGGAUUCUAGAAACAAUCAACAGUGUUAAUCGCAGAGCCAUAGAAGACACACUUGAAGAUGAUUUGCAGAGAGAAACUCAGAUUUAUGUUUGUGAUAUCAAUCCAAAUAUGUUGGAUGUUGGUAAAAAACGAGCCCAACAAAGAGGGCUUGGAGAACAGGGGUCCCUCAUAUGGGUUGAAGGAGAUGCAGAAAAACUCAACUUUGAAAAUGAUUCCAUGGAUGGUUACACUAUUGCUUUUGGUAUUAGGAAUGUUACACACAUAGAAAAAGUUCUUGCUGAAGCAUAUAGGGUACUCAAGAAAGGAGGGAGAUUCCUUUGUCUUGAACUCAGCCAUGUUGAAGCUCCAGUUUUCAAGCAACUGUAUGAUUACUAUUCAUUCUCAGUUAUUCCAGUUGUAGGAGAAUUAGUUGCAGGAGAUCGUGAUUCUUAUCAGUAUUUGGUUGAAAGUGUUAGGCGUUUUCCUCCUCAGGAGGUGUUUGCUUCAAUGAUUGCGGAGGCUGGAUUUCAAAAGGUGGAGUAUGAGAAUCUUGUGGGAGGAGUGGUGGCAAUCCAUUCUGGGGUGAAAUUUUAGAUUCUAAUUCAAAUUUAUUUCAAGUUAAUAAGAUGGAGUUGCUAAAGAUUUAGCUUCAAUUUGUUUGUUCAACAUUUUGAAUAUGUAGAAGAAAGUUGUAUGAGGAAUGCGUAGAUACAGGAGGAUUGCAUUGACACAGUAAGAUUAAUAUUUAUGGUCAAUGUUACAAGAAUCUUUGUGGUUGCGUAAUUAGAACACUGAACUAAUAAUUAAGUAAUAAAGUUAAUAUGAAUUAUGAUAUGUAUGUCUAUGAUUUUAAGUCAUGUAAAAUGUUGAUACAAGACUCUUUCAGGAUAUGGUUUUUUUAAGAAAUCUGAUUUUUGGGAUUAUAAUUAAAUAAUA